GAUUAAAUGAGUAUACAUCCAGUCGUGAAUAAAGACUCAAAGAAAGUAUGGCUGUGAUCCGUAAAAAUACUGGUUAAAGUUUUGGUAUUAUGCAAUCAGGAUCCAGCCUAGAUGGUCAAAUUUCAACAAACACACAGAACUGUCCUUCAAAAUAAUUUCUUAAGUAAUGGUUUCCUGACUGCAUAGAGUAAAAUGUGGAUGACGUUACGUUUUUUGGCCAUUCUUAAAAAAAAAUCGAAUCCCGAUUUGGAGCUAAAAGGCGAAAAAAACACUAUACUCAAACCGAAUAGCUCUUUGUGCAACAGCUCUACAUUUAAUGUGGUGCCGCUGGUGAAGUCUGCAGGCAGCACAAUAAACAAGUACAUUAACGUUGUCAUUAGAAUAUACUUAGACAGCAUUUAAAAAAAUCAACGUAAAAAUGGUAUACGUAACUUGUGGCUCAAACUUCAUUGUAAAAACAAAUACAUAUUCAGUAUUUAGCACGUGAUCAUAAAUUGCUUAGGAAUAAGUCUUUAACCACUUCCUGGCUACGGCAGACUCUGGCUCUUGCUGAAUCAGCCCGUUUGGACACUAACGUGACGAUCCCAAGUCAUAUGACUACCUGUAUGUACUUUUGCUGCUUAAAAGCUGUUCUGGUUGUUGAGAGAUUACAAAAGGAAACAAAGAAGCGAAUGAAACGGCCCGCUUCACUACUGAUUUUUUGUUACCAUGAAGCUUAUCAUUCUUGAUGACUACAAGCAGGCAAGUGAAUGGGCUGCCAAAUACAUCAGAAACCGAAUCCUUCAGUUCAACCCAGGCCCAGACAGAUACUUCACCUUGGGGCUCCCCACCGGAAGUACCCCCCUGGGCUGCUAUAAGAAGCUGAUAGAGCACUUCAAGAAGGGAGAACUCUCUUUCAAGUAUGUUAAGACCUUUAACAUGGAUGAAUAUGUGGGGCUUCCAAGAGAUCACCCUGAGAGCUACCAUUCCUUCAUGUGGAACAAUUUCUUCAAGCACACUGACAUCUGCGCUGAGAACACCCACAUCCUAGAUGGGAACGCACCUGACCUGCAGGCAGAGUGUGAGGCCUAUGAGGAGCAGAUCAGAGCUGCCGGAGGGAUAGAGCUCUUUGUGGGAGGGAUUGGACCCGAUGGACACAUUGCCUUCAAUGAGCCUGGCUCCAGCCUAGUGUCCCGGACACGGGUGAAAACAUUGGCCCUCGAUACCAUCCUAGCCAAUGCCAGGUUCUUUGAAGGGGAUCUCACCAAAGUUCCCACCAUGGCGCUGACGGUUGGGGUUGGAACAGUCAUGGAUGCCAGAGAGGUGAUGAUCGUCAUCACUGGGGCUCACAAAUCAUUCGCACUUUACAAGGCGAUCGAGGAAGGCGUUAACCACAUGUGGACCGUGUCUGCCUUCCAGCAGCAUCCCCAGACACUGUUUGUGUGUGACGAGGACGCCACACUAGAGCUGAAAGUUAAAACAGUCAAAUAUUUCAAAGGUAUGAUGCAGGUUCACAACAAACUUGUUGAGCCUUUGUCCAGCACUGAAGGAAAGAGUACUGACGUCAAGCCGUCGCCAGGGAAACCCUACAGCGACUGAAGCCCUUGGAAGAGCUUAGUUGAUGAAACACAUUGUGUACAAUUUAUAUAUACACUGCUGUGCAAAAGUCCAGAGAAAGCUGGCAGAAGGCACAGGUGUCGGUGUCCAUCCAUCAACAGUCCAAAGCACCUUUGACCAUUGUUCCAUAGUCCACUUUCUGUGUUCUUGUGCAUAUUUUAGCCUUUUAGUCUUGUUCCCCUUUCUUAGCAGAGGUAUUCUUACUGCAACACGUGCUUUAAGUCCUGAUUUUAAGAGUGAUCUUCGUACUGUUGAUUUGAUGGACAACGACACCUGUGCCUUCUGCCAGUUCUGUUCUCAAUUCAACAUUUCUUUCUAUUCCUUAAGGAUAUUAUCUUCAAGUACUGCUCAUCCUUGUUAGACCGCUGUUUGGGUCUUCCAGUCCUGGGUUUGUCAAUUACAGAUGAUGUUUCUCUGUACUUGUUGAUUAUGCUUCUGGUACCACACCUUGAAAAUCGAGUGAUGCGAGCUAUUUCCUUCUUUAUGCAAGUCAAGGUUGUUCUAAUAGUAGAAAACACUAGUGGAGGCUUUGAGUAAAUUGUUGAUGCUCAUAAUAGAAAAAUGCAACAUGUCUAAGACUUUUGCACAGAAGGGUAUAAUAUAUAUAUGUGUGUCUGAGAGCAGAGAUGGCUUUUGAGAAUUUCACUUUAAAUAGAUACUUUUCAUAUUUUAAAACCUAAAAACUGCCAGUGUUGCCGGCUUCUCAAUUGCAAAACUCUCAAUCAAAAACCUGUGGCAUUAAUGUUUGGUGGAAAAAAAAAAAAAAGUUUUGUAUUUUUCGACCAUUUUAAUACAAGAUACUGAUAUUUUGUGAGCAUUUAAUAAACUUCAUUUUUUUUUUCUAA